UACCACUGUCAGAGCAGACUCGGCGCGGCGCGCGGCGUGCUGUACGAACUGGACGCGCCGCGUAAGCAUUUUAUUCCAGCAGACACGAAUGUUGGUGAUAUUUUCUUUAUUCGCCUUGGGCGAAAUAAUUUUUUUUCAGAAAUAAUAUUGUUCCGUUGCUACAACUUCGUGACUAUCUUGCUCUAGUGUACACACAAUUCUUUCGAGUGGUGUUGUAUAUCUAUAAUCCGUCCACUUUUCCAUUUUAUAGUAAAAAAUGCAAUACCUUGUGCUUGAUAUGCAGUGAAUAUAUAAACAGUUGGUCACGUGCGGGUACAAUUGUAGUUUUUCUCUUCGUUCCACCCCCUUUUCUAUCAAUUCAUUACCCUCAUAGUUGUUCUCCGUUUUCUUUUCAUAUUUUUCUGUGUUUUUGACGUGUUUUCCUUUUUUUAAUGGAUUUUUGUGGGUAUACCAGCUCCAUUUUGAAUAUUUCACUGCUAAAAAAUACGAAAACCUGCGACCCGGCCAUAUUUUCCCCGGCGGCGUUCCUCGAACGGUUUGGUAAUGACACAAACUAAAAUGCCCAGAACUAUCCUCACGCUGUUAUUUUUGGUAAUCACCGCUAGACUCGAUGAAGCUCAAAAGUCCCAGGGGUGUGAGAACGUGGCCACCUCACAGGAAGGGCUAUUCGAUAAUCCGGAAAGAUUAAAAAUACUUUUAAAAGUAUUUGAAAAACACAUCGAAAUGGAAAAAUUGAAUAUAACUCUUCAUUUCCUGGAGAAUCCUAUUAGACCCAAUGUUCAGAUAUCGGAAGCGGCUAGAGUAAUCGCGUAUUAUUUGGAAGAAUCUUGUGAAGAGAAUAAUUGGGUCCACGGGAAAAAGGUGCUGGAGCUUGGAGCGGGGCUUGGCUUCCCUGGCAUUGUUGCUGCGUGUUUAGGAGGAAAUGUUACAGUCACAGACCGCCCGCAAAUUGUGCCCUACCUACAGAGGAGCAUCGAUCUAAAUAUAGAAACUAUUCAAAAGAUCUCGGGAGAAAUUCGAGUUGAGGUAUUAUCUUGGGGCGAUGACGAAAAAAUUAGGUCCAUGCCCAAGCAGGAUAUAAUUUUACUGUCAGAAGCAAUCUAUGAUGAUCUCACUAUUGAUGACCUGAUCUCGACAAUGGUUCGUCUUUCUCAUGAUGACACGAAGAUAAUAGUGAGUGAAGGAGACUGGAUAGAGAUGGAGGAAUCGGAAUUGAAGGAAGCUUGGACGAAGUUCUUCCACGAUUCCUCUGAAUAUUUUGAGUUUUCACCGUUACCUAUAGGGAACUAUGAUUGUUUUACGUUUGAAGGUAAAGUCCGGAAAACUUCAAACACGGAGGAAAAAACAUCGGAAAGUUCACCCGGACACACAGAAUUUUGAACAAUUCGUAUGUCAGAAGCGAAGUUAUAUUUCAGGGGCCAAGUUUUUCGAGCCAGGCUGCGGAAGUUAUUUUGGGACAUGUUGACAGAACGCAACUAUUCUAGCCCAGAGGAUGUCGGUAUUGCCUACAGGAGAAAAUGAAGGCGCUCUGCAUUUCUUUGCACUUCUCUCAAGGGAUUGUUUCGUCCUCUAGCGCCCCUCCCUGCCCUCUACAAGUAAAUUGCAUAACAUGACACAUAAGCCAUAGAAAAAAAAAAAACAAAUGAUCUUACUUUGAGUUGUGACACCAAUGAGCAGAUACGCUGAUCCGAUGAUUGGGAAAGAUGUUGGUCCUGGAAUGGUGUUCAUAAAUUUGUUCACUCUUCUAUUUUUCCAGCGUUGCAAGAGAACUUCAAUGAGCAAAAGAAAAAUCAAGAAACAGCACAAUAUGUUUAUUAUUUUGGUUUGCAAGCCAGCAAAAUUGAUAGAAUCCAUCUAUAUACAUAAUAAAAAAAUUGUCAUUAGUUAGUUUCGAUGUAUAAGUAGGUAAUCAUCGUUCAUGCAUUCCUUCUCCGUGCAUCUAUUUUAUUUUUGAGCUUCAGUUAUAAUAAGAAUUUAAGUUGUUGAAAUGACAUUAAUGAUAAUAGUUCUAAAAUACACGAAAUGCAAUAAGCUCGUC